UUUUUAAAAUUGGCUAUAUUAUCAUUUUGGAUCCCUUCACAAGUUGAGCUAAAUUUUAGCAUAUGAAAAGUUCAAAGAAUUAUUUCUAAGUGUCGCAUUUUUUAUUGUUCUUCGAAGCAGAUUAUUUCAGCCUCUUUUUGUUUUCAAGCUGUAUCAUUUGCUGGUAAAAAGCAAAUUAGUCUUGUUUCAUUUAUAACUUCUGUGUUGUAGAAAAAGAAACAAAAUGAAAUAUAAUAUACUUUUUAUUACAAUGCGGACAAAUUUGCUUCGAAGAACACGUUGUGGUUCAAAGACAAUCUUUUCCAGAGAGAUCAAAGAUGAAGUCAAUAAAUUGUUGGAGUUGAAAAAGCUAUUGGGAAAUGAGCCUACAAAAAAUAACAAAUUUGUCUUAAAAACGCCUAAAGGAACAAAGGACUAUGGUCCAAAACAGAUGGCUAUCAGGGAGAACGUUUUUAAAACUAUAAUAAGUACAUUUGAACGGCAUGGAGCAGUUCAGAUUGAUACACCUGUCUUUGAGCUAAAGGAAACACUAACUGGGAAAUAUGGAGAAGAUUCUAAAUUAAUAUAUGAUUUGAAGGAUCAAGGAGGAGAAAUCUUGGCUCUUCGCUAUGAUUUGACUGUUCCAUUUGCUAGAUAUGUUGCAAUGAAUAAAAUAGACAAAAUAAAAAGAUUUCAUAUAGCUCGUGUUUAUAGAAGAGAUAAUCCAGCAAUGACAAAAGGACGAUACAGGGAGUUUUACCAGUGUGAUUUUGACAUUGCUGGACAGUAUGAUCCAUUAAUACCAGAUGCAGAAUGUAUAAAAAUCGUUUCAGAAAUCUUAUCCCAUUUAAAAUUAGGCGAUUACGUUAUAAAGGUAAAUCAUAGAAAACUAUUGGAUGGUAUCUUCGCAAUUUGUGGUGUGCCAACAGAUCAAUUCCGUACAAUUUGCUCAUCAGUGGAUAAAUUAGAUAAGACACCUUGGGAGGAAGUUAAGAAAGAGAUGGUCACUGAAAAAGGAUUAGCAGAAGAAAUAGCAGAUAAAAUAUAUGAAUAUGUACAGUUAAAAGGUAAAAAGGAGUUGAUAGAUAAACUUCUCAAUGAUCAGAAGUUACCAAAUAAUAAAAUAGCCAAACAAGGCAUCGAUGACAUGAAUUUGCUACUGAAAUAUUGUGAACUGUUUAACGUGCUUGAUCAUGUGUCAUUUGAUAUGAGUUUAGCUCGGGGACUCGAUUAUUAUACUGGAGUUAUUUAUGAGGCUAUUUUAACGUCUUUACCUGAUGAAUUACUCAAAGCAAAUCCUGGGGAGCAGGUUGGUAUAGGUUCUGUAGCAGGUGGUGGCAGAUAUGAUGAACUGGUUGGCAUGUUUGCUGCAAAAGGAAGGAAGGUUCCAUGUGUUGGUGUCAGUAUUGGUAUUGAACGAAUAUUUUCAAUCAUGGAAGCCAAAGCUGAGGCCAGUUCUGACAAAGUUCGAACAUCUAAAUCGGAAGUUUUAGUCGUUUCUGGCCAAAAAAAUAUGUUGGAGCAGCGUCUGCAGUUGGUGAAUGAAUUAUGGGACCAAAAUAUUAAGGCAGAGAUUUCGUAUAAAAACAAUCCGAAGCUGUUGAACCAGUUUCAAUAUUGCGAAGAAAAUGGGAUACCAUUCUGUGCAGUUAUUGGGGAGGAGGAGCUUAAGAAUGAUGUUGUAACGUUAAGAAAUAUGGUCACGAGAGAACAGAUACAAGUAAAUCGAAAGGACUUACCAAUGGAGAUAUCAAAAAUACGCCAAUAAAAGUCUUUGUAAUUUUAUUUAUUCGAAAUAUAGAAAUUAUAUUUACAGAA